AUGAGGGAGGCGCUGCGCGGGCGCUCGGGCAACCAGCCGGCCCCAGGCAGCCCCCUCCGCCCCGCCGCCCCCUCCAUGGCACUGCCCGGCCACCCCUGGUCUCACACCCGCGUGGCGCUGGGGCGGCUGGAGAGGGCACUGAGCUGCUCCCGCUGCGGCGGUGUCCUGCGGGAGCCCGUGUCCCUGGGGCAGUGCGAGCACGUCUUCUGCCUGUCCUGUGUGGGUGACUGUAUUGGCACCGAGUGCCCCGUGUGCCACAUGCCAGCCUGGGUGCAGGACACACAGAUCAACCGGCAGCUGGAUAACAUGAUCCAGCUCUGCAGCAAGCUGCGGCAGCUCCUGGGCGCCGACGCCUCAGAUUCAACAGAGGAUACAUCCACACCAGCUGACUCAGAGUUGGAAAAAAAGAGCAAGAAGGAACAGAUAAAGAUGUGGUUCAGCCCAAGAAGCAGGAAGAUUCGAUGUGUCGUGAACAGACGUCAGGCUGGGACUAAAAGCAAUGACCUUGGUCAAGACACAUCUUCAGUUUAUGAUUUCUUUCCUUCCCCUCCUCAUGAAAAGCCCUCCAAGCCAACAAAAAGACCAAGUCAAAGACAGAUUAAGAAGAUGAAGGAGAAACAUCUAGCAGACAUUAACAAAGAAUGGAGCUUAGAGAAACCUGAGCAGAAAAGAGCCAAGGAGAAGAUUCCCAAGGAAAAGUGUGUGACCAUCUGCAGUCAACCAGUAGUGCUGUGCACUGAGGAACCAGAGAGUCUUGAAGAAAGACCUCAGCAGGAAUCUGUGAAGGAAGCUGACUCCAUCAGUAAUACAGAAGAUGUGGAAGUUCUGCCACAGGUGGAAUUCCCAGAGAAGAAAGAUAACAGUGAGGUUGCGUGCUCUGCACGAGAUAGCAAGGAAAAAAAUAGCGCUGAGGCAUUGCUGUCAAUGGCAAAUGAAGUUACACCUUUGAAACGUGGAAGGGAGCAAUCCAGACUUCAGGGUACUCCUCAGCCUAAAAGAGCAAGAAGUGAGAGGGGCAUUCCUGGGAAGUCAGGCGGGCAGUCUGAUGGCUUAGAGGAGUCACUGGAGGGCUCCCCCAUCUCCCCAGCCACUGAACAGACACCAGUCCAGACUUCCUCUGCAUCCAAACUCACUGACACUGGAAUGAAGACAAGAUCUGCAGCCCUUCAAGCAAUUAACAGUCCUCCACUUUCAGAAUCUCCCUCUACCCCAUCCACUUCUAAGACUUACAGUCAAGUAGCAACACCACUCAGUCCUUCUGUGUUGAAAUCCCCUGGUGUCAACACAAUUGCCAGAAGAAAUUACAAGGGAGAGACUUUGCUCCAUGUUGCUUCCAUCAAGGGUGACUUAGCAGCUGUGGAGCAGCUGCUGAAAAACGGUGCAGAUCCCAAUGUCAAAGAUAAUGCUGGUUGGACACCACUGCACGAGGCGUGUAACCACGGGCACAGGGAGGUGGUGGAGCUGCUGCUGCAGCACCGGGCGCUGGUGAACACCACGGGCUACCAGAACGACUCCCCGCUGCACGACGCCGCCAGGAACGGGCACGUGGCCGUGGUGGAGCUGCUGCUCCUGCACGGCGCCUCCCGGGAUGCUGUUAAUAUAUUUGGUCUGCGGCCUGUGGACUAUGCAGAAAGCAAAAAGAUGAAAUCUGUGCUAAUGUUGCCACUGAAGAAUGAAUCACUUUCACUUAACCAGCCCUCUGAGGCACUGAGCUCCAGCCAGCCAAGAAAUGGACCCCUUGGUAUACUGGGGAGCAAUCUUAGUGUGGAGCAGCAGAAAUUGCUGAACAAAUUAGCAACAGUCUUGAAGGCCCAGAGGUGCACUGAAUUUAAUAGCAGAGUAACUCAUCUUGUUAUCCCUGAUGUUCCAAUGCCAACUACUGUCAAAUGCAUGAUGGCUGUUCUGACUGGAUGUUGGGUCCUCAAGUUUGAAUGGGUGCAAGCCUGUCUGCAGAGCUCAGCUCGAGAACAAGAAGAGAAGUACGAAGUCCAAGGUGGCCCGCAGCGAGGGCGGCUCAACCGGGAGCAGCUGCUGCCUAAGUUGUUUGAUGGAUGCUACUUCUAUUUUUUGGGACCUUUCAAAAAGCACCAGAAGAGUGACCUGCUGGAGCUGGUGAAAGCAGCGGGCGGCCAGGUCCUGGUUAGGCAGCCCAAACCAGACAGUGAUGUGACACAGACCAUCAACACAGUGUCCUACCACGCAGAGCCCACCUCUGACCAAAGGCUCUGCACUCAGUACAUCAUCUAUGAUGUGGCUUCCAGGUUCCAGCCAGAGAAAAUCCGGCAGGGCAAGGUGUGGAUGGCCCCCUCCAGCUGGCUCAUAGACUGUGUGAUGUCAUUUCAGCUCCUGCCUGUGAAGUGAAUAGCAAAUAGCAGCAUCCUGAGAGCAAGGCUUUAAAAUGGGCUGAAUCUUGGGCGGCUGGGAUGCUCUGACAAGCUGCUCUGAAGCUGUGAUUUCUGUUUUGGAUUCAGAAGAGCUUUGAGCAUUUAAGUGAGUUACUAAGGUGACUGAUAUGCUGGAAUAAAUGAACAUACAGUGGAGGAAAGGAUUGAAAAAUGUGCCUUAGCUUAUUUAAUAUGCUUUAUUUU